AUGGAUUCCAUCUCUCGCAUCUCGUCCCUGAUGGACCCAGCACGAGACCUGACGGUCGAGGCUGCCCAAAGCAUAUCCAAGGCCAUCAAAGGAGGAAGCUCUUCUGCUCGAAACAACAUGCCGUUCGUCAAGCUCAAGGCUCUUCUGGACAGCAGAAGUGACCGCGAUAUCCUUGAUGGCUUGAAAAGAGUGGUCUCUAUGAUGUACCAAAAUAGACCGUGUCUACCGUACUUCUCGUCGGUUGUCAAGAAUGUUGCGAACCCCAACCUAGAAGUCAAGAAGCUCGUGUACAUCUAUCUGUUGCAUUACGCCGAGUCGGACCCCGAUUUGGCUUUGCUUUCCGUCAAUGCCAUCCAAAAGUCCCUCACCGACCAGAAUCCACAGGUGCGAGCCCUGGCCCUGCGCACCAUGUCUGGGAUGCGAGUACCGGUUAUCAGCCAGAUCGUUUCUCUGGCUAUCAAACGGGGCGUGGGGGACAUGAGCCCUCACGUGCGCAAGGCCGCUGCUCUCGCAAUCCCGAAAUGCUAUAACCUCGACCCGAAUACUCUCCCGCAACUGCUCGACUACAUUUCCACGCUGUUGGGGGACAAGCAGUAUUUCGUGGUGGGUCCAGCAGUUCAGGCAUUUCUCGAGGUGUGUCCGGAUCGCAUCGACCUGAUACACGUGCAUUACAGGAGUCUCGUCAAGAAACUGGUCGACAUGGAUGAAUGGAGUCAGUUAGCCACCUUGAAGCUUCUCUUGUUCUACAGUCGACGGUGCUUUCCCCGUAAGACCCAAAAAGUCACCAAAGUCAACAAAAAGGGGUUUUACGAGGAUGAGUCUGAAGAGACUGUCGAGACAGGCGAGGUGGUAGAGAAGCUGGAUCCAGAUCUGGAACUAUUUCUGAAAGCUUGCAAACCUCUCUUACAAAGCCGAAGUGCAGCGGUUGUCAUGUCGGUGACCAGUUGCUUUUUGUACCUGGGCACCCCGGAAUACCUUCGAGAAGCCGUCGGCCCAUUGAUCGGACUGAUGCGCGGACCUCCCGAAGUGCAGGAAGUGGCCCUCUUCAAUAUUGUGCUGGUUGCUUUGUCGGCGCCCGACCUAUUUGUCUCUUACGCGUCACAUUUUCUGAUCCGGGCACAAGAUUCUCCACAGAUAUGGAAAUUGAAGAUCGAACUCCAGACCCUCAUCUUUGCACAUGCUGCAUUACACCUCAAGUCCAUCAUCCUAAGCGAGCUGGAGCACUUUUCUCAUUCGGCGGACGUCGAGCUGACACGCGAAUCAGUCCGUGCGAUUGGGCGAUGCGCACAAUCUGAUCCGCAGGACGCUCACCGAUGCUUCCAGGUUCUUCUGAACCAAAUAUCCAGCUUCGACAAUAUUCUGGUCUCUGAAGUGCUCACCGUCAUGCGCCAUCUGAUUCAACAGGAUCCUGCCUCCCACCGAAAGACUGUGGUGCGCCUGGCGAGAAACUUGGAUAAGACCACGAGCCCCGAGGCUCGAGCGACAAUCAUAUGGCUCGUGGGGGAAUUCGCGAGCCUCGAUCCCGACAACAACAUAGCGCCUGAUGUUUUGCGCAUACUGGCCAAAGGGUUUGCGGAUGAGAGUGAAUCUGCCAAACAACAGAUUGUCUUACUGGCUGCAAAAGUUUACCUGCUGUUCUUGCAAAGGGAGACUGCCGGUUCUCGUGGUGAGAGGGAGGUUGCCGAAUCUCAAGGCGAUCCGACAGAGGAAUCGCACGUCUCCGCCAACUUGGACCACCCUAUCUCCAAGCUAUGGGACUAUGUUCAGCUCCUGGCACGCUACGACACGUCGUACGACCUUCGUGACCGAGCACGGCUUUUUAAAGCUCUGCUCGCCAACCCCACAUCCACCCAACUGGCAGCUCUACUCCUUCUGGCACCCAAGCCAGUUCCACACUCGCCCUCUCCCUCGGAAAGUCGGAAAGGUCUGAUGUUAGGUAGUACCACCCUCGUCCUGGGUACCGACGUGGCGGGUAUUUUGGGCCUGCCAGGCUACGAGCAACUUCCGGAGUGGGUGAGUGAAGGGCUCGAGCCCGAUCCUAAGCUCAGAGACGCGGGCGACCGUGGCGAGAAAGACGAAUACGUACCCAUUGGCGCAAGGACCGCAAGCUCCGUCGCUGCAAGCCGGAGGUUAGAUGAAGCUGUUAAGGAGAGGGGGUUGGAGAAGGUUGUUGCGGCAGGAACAACCAAGGCGAACGCGAAGCCUCGGACUCUCGACGAUUGGCUGGCCGAGAGCGAAGGGGAGGAGGAAGAAGAAGAAGAAGGGGAAGAGGAAGAAGGGUCCGAAGAGGAGACGGAGAGCGAAGAGACGGAUGAAGAAGAGUCCGAGGAAGGCGACACCGGAGAUGAGAGUGAAGAGGACGAGAGAGGAAUGACGAGAGCCCUCAUGACCUCGCAUCCUUCAUGA